CGCAGCGGCGCAAUAACAGUUCGGCUUGACGUCGCGUUUUCCUUGUUCUCGCGACCCGUCAGACGUUGUGUCGGUGUCGCGGGGAGGCAGCGUCUCCCCUCCAGUCGGAACAUGGCGGCGUUAGCGGCACUUCUGCAGCUGAGCCGUGGCUCUCGGCGGCCCGCCUGGAGCCUCCUUUUCUGUCCCGCGGACAGAUCCGGCCGCGUGCUCCGUGUGACCGGGUCGCGCGCGAGGGACUGCUGCGCGCACUCCGGCCCCAGUGCGUGGGUUACGGAGUGCGCGCGCGGCUUUGACAGCGCAGCAGGACAGCACCUUCUACAUGGGACACUGAGCGCCAGAAUUCUGGGUGUCAGAGGGAUCCUGACUGACAAACAGCUGAUCCAGAACCCGGUGGGACUGUGGAAGAUCCUGGGCUCCACAGACUUCUUCAGCACUUCCCAGUGUAGGCGAGAUGGAAAAAAGAGCAGUGGCAGUAAAGGAAAAUCACCAGAGGAAGAUGAAGAGGAGAAGAAGCGGCGCGAGCGGGAGGAGCAGAUGUACCGCGAGCGCCUACGCGUGCUCUUCAUCAUCGCCCUCAUCAUGAGCGUGCUCAACACCAUCAACUCGAGCGGAGGAAACAUCUCUUGGAAUGACUUUGUCAACGAGAUGCUGGCCAAGGGGGAGGUGAUGCACGUGCAGGUGGUCCCUGAAAGCGACAUUGUCGAGAUCUACCUGCACCCCGGAGCGGUCAUCUUCGGGAGACCUCGGCUCGCCCUCAUGUACCGCAUGCAGGUAGCAAACAUUGAUAAGUUCGAGGAGAAGCUCCGAGCAGCUGAGGAUGAGCUCAACAUCGACACCAAGGAUAGGAUCCCUGUGCUUUACAAACGCACUGGUUUCUUUGGCAACGCCCUCUAUGCUCUGGGCAUGGCAGCUAUCGGGGUGGCCAUCCUCUGGUACAUCUUCCGUCUGGCUGGGAUGGGCGGCAGGGAGGGCGGCUUCAGUGCCUUUAACCAGCUGAAAAUGGCACGCUUCACCAUUGUAGAUGGCAAGUCUGGGAAAGGGGUGAGCUUCCGAGACGUGGCGGGUAUGCAUGAGGCCAAGAUGGAGGUAAAGGAGUUUGUGGACUACCUGAAGAACCCAAACCGGUACCUCCAGCUGGGGGCCAAAGUGCCAAAGGGUUGCCUCCUGCUCGGGCCCCCCGGCUGUGGCAAGACCCUCCUGGCUAAGGCUGUUGCCACAGAGGCUCAGGUGCCCUUCCUGGCCAUGGCAGGGUCAGAGUUCGUGGAGGUCAUCGGGGGGCUGGGGGCAGCCCGAGUGCGAAGUUUGUUCAAGGAGGCUCGAGCACGAGCUCCGUGCAUCGUCUACAUCGAUGAGAUCGACGCUGUGGGGAAGAAGCGCUCCACAAACAUCUCGGGCUUCUCCAACACCGAGGAGGAACAGACCCUCAACCAGCUCCUGGUGGAGAUGGAUGGGAUGGGGACUACGGAUCAUGUCAUCGUCUUGGCCUCCACCAACCGGGCCGAUAUUCUGGAUAAUGCUCUCAUGAGGCCUGGGAGGCUGGAUAGACAUAUCUUCAUCGACCUGCCCACUCUGCAGGAAAGGAAGGAGAUCUUCGAGCAGCACUUGAAGAUCCUGAAGCUGACACAGCCUGCAGACUUCUACUCUCUGCGUCUGGCAGAGCUCACACCAGGCUUCAGCGGAGCCGACAUCGCCAACAUCUGCAAUGAGGCAGCGCUCCAUGCAGCCAGAGAGGGAUACAAGUCUAUCGACACCUUCAGCUUUGAGUACGCUGUGGAAAGGGUCAUUGCAGGCAGUGUGAAGAAAAGCAAGAUCUUGUCCAAAGAGGAGCAGAGGGUGGUGGCCUUCCAUGAGUCUGGCCAUGCUCUGGUGGGAUGGCUGCUAGAGCACACAGAGGCAGUCAUGAAGGUGUCCAUUGCGCCCCGCACGAACGCCGCCCUCGGAUUUGCUCAGAUCCUGCCGCGGGACCAGUACCUCUUCACCAAGGAGCAGUUGUUUGAGAGGAUGUGCAUGGCCCUUGGGGGACGGGCUGCAGAGGCUAUCACCUUCAACAAGGUGACCACAGGCGCCCAGGAUGACCUGCGCAAGGUAACGCGUGUCGCCUACUCCAUGGUGAAGCAGUAUGGUAUGGUGGACAGCGUGGGCCAGGUGUCCUUCCCUGAGACGGUGGAAGAGGGCGCCAUCGGACGCAGGCCUUUCAGCCAGGGCCUGCAGCACCAAAUGGACCAUGAGGCCAAGAUGCUCAUUUCCCGAGCGUACCGGCAGACCGAGAAACUGCUGCUGGAUAACAGAGACAAGCUGAUAGGGCUUGCCAAUGCGUUGCUGGAGCAUGAGGUGGUGAACUAUGAUGACAUCGAGGCACUUCUGGGGCCCCCGCCACAUGGACCCAAGAAACUAAUUGCCCCCCAGAGCUGGAUCGAGGCAGAGAGGGACAAGCAGGACACGGAGGAGGACGAGCCCCGCAAACCCAAGAGACGCCCCCGCAAGGAAGAGGAUGAGGAGCUUACCCUGGGACCUGCAUGAGCUUCUGUAUCCCCACACCUUCAUGCACUAACUGGGGGUGUGUGGACAAGCAUAUGAGCUGGAAUCUGAAGUGCUUUGUGGGGGGCAUCCUGUGCCCUGUCCUCUCUCAGGACCUCCAUCUGUCUGUGGUGUUGUAUGGAGCCUGAUGACCCAGCCAGGGUAGAACUUCUGUUAAAACGCUUCUGAUAAGCCCACUCCUACUAGAGUAUUUAAGUUAAACCAAUCAACACUGGAGAGAAAUUUCAGUAAAAGGUGAUGCCGGCAGAAAAUUUUAAGUUAAAUGAAUCUACAGCUUGCACUACAUGCCAGCAGCCAGCACAAACCUCGGAGAC